GUGCAUGAUGGACAGCGAUGACGAAGUUCGGGACAGAGCCACGUUCUACUUGAAUGUUCUGCAGCAGAGACAGGUAGCGCUGAACGCUGCCUACAUUUUUAACGGCUUGACAGUCUCUGUUCCUGGGAUGGAGAAAGCCCUGCACCAAUACACACUGGAGCCUUCUGACAAGCCUUUCGAUAUGAAAACAGUUCCGCUGGCUACUGCACCGAUCUUUGAGCAGAAAGCAGAGAUUGCCCUAGUGACCAGCAAGCCUGAGAAAGUUGCUCCUUCUCGCCAGGAUAUAUUUCAAGAACAACUCGCAGCCAUUCCAGAGUUUAAGAGCUUGGGCCCGUUAUUCAAGUCUUCGGAACCAGUGCAGCUCACAGAAGCGGAAACUGAGUAUUUUGUUCGUUGUACCAAACACGUGUUCACAAAUCACAUGGUGUUCCAGUUUGAUUGCACAAACACGUUAAAUGAUCAGCUCUUAGAGAGAGUCACUGUGCAGAUGGAGCCGUCGGAUGCUUACGAUGUCAUCUGCUGCAUCCCAGCGCCCAGCCUGGCUUACAACCAGCCGGGCAUGUGUUACACCCUUGUCCAGAUUCCUCAGGAUGACCCCGCUGCAGUUGCUUGUACUUUCAGUUGCACAAUGAAGUUCACAGUUCGAGACUGUGACCCAAACACGGGGGUGCCAGAAGAAGACGGCUAUGAUGAUGAAUAUGUGUUGGAAGAUUUGGAGGUGACUGUGUCCGAUCACAUUCAGAAGGUUUUAAAGCCAAACUUUGCAGCCGCGUGGGAAGAAGUGGGAGAUGACUUUGAGAAAGAAGAAACCUUUGCUCUCAGUUCUAUUAAAACCCUUGAUGAAGCUGUCAAUAACAUCAUCAAGUUCUUGGGCAUGCAGCCCUGCGAGAGGUCGGAUAAAGUGCCAGAGAACAAAAAUUCUCACACGCUCUACUUAGCUGGUGUAUACAGAGGCGGCUGCGACGUGCUGGUGAGGUCCAGGCUCGCGCUAGGAGACGGUGUGACCAUGCAGGUGACGGUGAGAAGCAAGGAAGAAACGGCCGUAGAUGUCAUCCUGGCUUCCGUAGGCUGAGCGUUACAGCACACCGGGCUGGAAACUUUUGCAAACACCCUUUGGGUAUUUACGGGCUAUCGAGCACCCUGUCUGUCCUUCUGCAUGUAGUUUUUAUUCCUCAUUUUGGUAAAUAUUUUGUAUGAUGUUCCAGUAGUGGCGAUAGUGGCUGCCUGGUACCGAGCCUUUCCCUGUGUCCCUUCCCUCGGUGUC